AUGACGAGUGGUUCGAACCCCCUUUUGGACCCAACCGACCACUCCCUCGACGAGGACAAUGGCAUGGUUCAGUACUCUCUGCAGAAGCCGCGGUUUCUAACCGAGGCGGAUGGCGUUGUGCGCCUUCAGCCGUUGCCCGUGGAGGAUUCUUUGUUGACCCUCGAGUUUCUGCUUCGGCUGCGCGGUCAAGCGGUGUCCUCGUUGCCAAAGGCGCUUCAGGAGAAGGUGCGCGAUGCGCGACGCCAGCGAACCGCCUCGGCGGCGUCCGAACCCCAAACCGCGGCCUCGUCCUCGGCGUCUUCGCCCGCGUGCCUGACGCUGGAGGACAGCCUACGCUAUCUCGACGAUGCCCCGGCGCCGAUUGUGGGGUUUACCGACAAUUUGUACCCCCGGCAUCAGCUCCGCAGCCCGGCCUUCCUCUUUACGCUCUACCUCGAGAACGUCUCCGCGCAGAACGCGCUGGGGCACCUCUCGGCGUUGUUUAGCAUCCCGCAGAAGUCCUUUCUCACGCGGACGUCGGCGAACAAAAUGUCCUGCGCGUCGCUGCUCUGCGCGCUGGAGGCGAAUCGCCUCCGUCGGGAGCAUUUACUCCUCGUCAACACCAUGCGCCACCCGGGGUUCGUCAUCCGCGUGAGUGGGAUUCGCGAGAUCACGACGUGGGAGGCCGCCCCCACGAUCGAUCGCGAGGGCGAGGAAAAGGGGGAAGAACCCCCGAAGGGGGCGCGCUCUGGGGAAAUGACCCCGACCGAAGGCCUCUUCGGCGAGCUCGCGCGGUGGGAGCCGCUCUACGAGAUCGAACUCCUGCUCCGACGCGUCGCCUGUCGAGGCCGGGACGAGCUCGAGCACCGAAUGCGCGCGGUGCGGGAGGUGGGGGGGAUCUUCUACUGCGCGAAUCGGGAGGCCUCGCUGGGGCGGGCCGCCACGGACAUCCUGCACGGGUACUACAAAUCCGCCCUGCUGAACGCCCUCCGGCGGCGAAAGCCCCCGAUGGAGAUGCGGCAGUUUUUUAUGAAUCCAAACCUCAUCACCGCGGCCCGCGCGCGGCGCGCGAGCACCGACGCGACGAUCCGCCAAACCCUCAAGGCCUUCAUCGCGACGAACGGCGACUGGGCCCAGACGGCGGCGCGGGUGCCGUACGUCUGGCGCCGGCGCUGGAUUAACGCGCUGCGGGCGUCGGUCUGGAAUACGAUGGCCUCGAAGCGGGUGCGCGUCGCCGGGCGACAAGUGGUCGUCGGGGAUGCCGUGAUCCGACCCUCCUACCGCGGCGACAUCGACCGCCGUCUGCUCAUCGCCGUCAAGACGGAGUACGUCAAGAUCGUCGAGACCCCAGAGGAGGCGGCGCGGUACUCCCUGGAGGAUGUCUUCAUCCCUUUUUUACGCGGCGGGCGUUAUCCUGACGACCACUUUGCCCCGACGGAAUCCGGGCACGUCAUCAUGACCAAGUCGAAUAUGUUGAAAAUCUUGCGGGAGGCCCACGCCCAGCACCUGCUGCUGGGGUUCCCGGAGGGGGCCAAAUCGCUUCUCGACAUCCGUGUGGAUGUGGCGCCAUUGCUAUGGCGCCGGCUCUUGCAGCGCCCGAUGGCGAUGUCCUUUACCAUUCUUGAAGAUAAGGCACCCCUACGCUCCACCCACUUCGAUGCCGCGCGUAUUUUAAAGAGCGAUCGGUGGGAUUUGAAGCCCGAGAAAUGCCCUACGCUACCGCCCGCGUCCCCCCGCCUGAAGGCCCACGACACUGCGGGAACGACCGCCAGCCCUCCUUCUUUCUUUCCCACCCCCGAAAGCAACCUCCUCGACCCGCACGAGAUUCUCGCGCGCACGACCCUGGGGUCCCAGGUGCGAUCGGGUACAACGCCCCACAAUUUUUUUGAGAUCCCAUCGCAGGAUCAGUAUGUGGUGCCCGGACAUGCCAGACGAUUUUUAGAGGGGGAGUUUGUGGCCUCCGCCCCGCACACCCCUACAGCGGGGCUGGGGGAUCGUCUUUACACCCUGCAUCUUCGCGCGAUCACGCGACAUGGGGUGGCGGGCCUCACGCAGCUCCUGCGGGAGUAUUUCAUUCUGAGCGGGGUCGAGGCCGAGGUGGACGGCGCUCUUCAACAUAAAGUCCAUCGGGUUCGUCGCGAGCUCGACGGGGAGACGCCGUUGUUGACGGCGCCGAUCUACUGCGUGGCGUGUUAUAAUCGAGGCCACAACACCCUCGAGGACUGCGCGGAGUAUCGUUUAAAGCAGCAGCGCCGACGUCGGCCCCUCGAACUUUCUUUGCCGAAGGCUCCCGCCGAAAUUUCCUCCGCUGCGCCCUUGCCUUGCCUUGCGUCGGGGCCUACGCGACUUGCACUACGGCUCGCACUACGCCGUCGUUCGCCGCUGGAGAAAUGGGGCGUGCACCUCACAAAAACCCUUUUUUUGACCCGACUCGAGGACGCGAAGCGGGCGGUGGGAAUUCAGGUUUGGCCCCUUGCCCCGGGGGGGGAGGUCGUGCAGGGUGCCGCGGCGGCCUCGAGCUGGCCCUCGUGGCUUAUUUCGCAAGCCCGCCGCCAUCGCGUUGGGUCCGUCCAGAAGGAUGAAUAUCCAAACCACGAUCGUGGUCGCAGCGAGGCCUCCUUGACCGACGCCACAUCGACGCAAGUUGAGGGCACGGAAGCGAUAGUUCGGUUUCUUUCUUUAUUCUUUACCGAGGACGACCUUCAGAGGGCCCUUCCACAAUCAUCAUCCACCACCCAAGGGGCUGGUGAUAAUUUAGUCCCCUCCUUGCCAACGACAAGCGGGCGCGACCAUGUGCUUUCGGCGCGUCCAGGCGAUUCCGUAGGCCCCAUCCUCACAGCGGCGGACCCGGACGGGAUUUUCCGGCGUUGUGAGUGGCGCCUAAAAGCCAUCGACGGGGUCGAGGUGGGGGACCGCCAGGCUGUCGCCGCCGCCUUCGCGCCCCACGACGCGACCCACGAGUUGGCCUUAACCUUCGAAGCCGCGUUGCCGGCCCCGCCCCCGCCCCCCUCGGCCGCCCGGCGCUGGGUCGGGGCCCUGCCGGCGACGCUCCAUCUCAGCCUGGCGCGCCCCGCCUCGGUGCCGAAGGCGGCCCCGUGGGGGCUGCAGGUCCGCGGCGACGCCCUGCACCUCGCCAACCUCGCCGACCUCCUGUCACAGCACGCGGAGACGGCGGGGACGGCCGUAACAGGAGCUCCACACAGCCCAGUUGUGACAACAGCCUCACAUGGCCCGGUUGUGACAGCAGUCCCACUCAAACCAGCUGUAACAGGAGCUCCACACGGGCCCUCGGACGCCUUCUCAGCCCAGGCUCUCAAGGGGGUCGAAGGGGGGGUCCGCGAGGUCGCGCGGUGCUUCGCCGCGGAGCUGAACGCGAUGUAUCGCAUCACGCGGCUUAAUGGGUCGCGGGUCGACUCCCGAAAAGGCCUCGCGGCCGCGAUGGCGGCCUUUCAUGCACAGCCCACAAGCGUCGUAGGGGAGUCGCCCGAGCGAAGAAAAAGACGCUCGGCGGACGCGAUGCCCACCACCAUGAGUGUGGUUUUUUCGAGCGUUGGGGGGCCUGGUGAGGUCCAUGAUGAUGCCGUAUGUUGCCGUCUUCAGAUUGAACUGCAGCGGAGUCCUGAAAAUGAUGAGUUGGCCGCGUUAGCAGUCGAAAAGCCGCUCCAGGUAAACUCCCACGCCGUUAAGGCGCAGACGUCGGACCCUGCACGUGGGCCGAAGGCCUCGAAAGACCUCAAACCUUCCUCUCCCCGCACUAAGGGUGAUUUGGUGGGGGGUGCGGUGGAAUCGAACGCAUCUGAUUCCUUAUCAGCGGUGUUGAGCGUCUCCAGCGUGGUUGGCGCGUCGUCCGAGACCGCAGAGGGCCCGGGGGCUCUCAAAACCACGCAACGCAUUCUGACCAUUACGAUAAACCGCCGCGUGUGGAAUGCGGCGACUGAGGGUCGCUGGGGAAUUCGCGUGCAGCGCGGUACGUGUCGGCUAAAAAACAUCCAACACAAUAAAUUAUUUUCCUUUACUGUCUACGCGUAUAAACAAAGGCAGGCUCUGCGGGCCUCGAAUACCUUGCGGGAUUACGGCGCCGUCGACAAUGUGGACGCGCGCGCGGCGGAAGGAGUCACCUUCGCGAGCGCGCUGUACUUCGUGAUCGCGGUGAACCACGCCGAGGUUGGGAAUUAUGCGAUGUUGAGGCUUGCCCUUCAACCUACGUUGAAAGGAAAAGCGGCCUCGUUGGGGCCCGAAUCCAUCACGCUGCGGGUGCGGCAAUUCAUGCUGGGCCGCGUUACCGUGAUGGUACGCCGCGGUGGGCCGAACGAGCCCAGUGCCCUCGCCCCCAUCGGGCUGAGUUUAAAUGGCGAUCUCUCCGUGAUGGGAAUUGAUGCAGAUAGCGCGAUGGCAAAUGGAGUGCGUGCGGCGACUGGACCGCAUUGCACGCUUCGGCGAUUAAUUCGGCCCGCAUCGUCAUCUCCGUCCGAUGGCACGUCGAAUACGCCGGGCGUGGAGUGGUUCGCUAUUCCAGUCCUAAAGACGUCGUGGGAGUCCUUUCAUGCUGUUUUAAUGAAAGCAGUCAACGCGGAUUCCACCACUGUGGACGUGAAAGAAACGAACCGUCGUAAGCGAUAUAGCCUGGAUGAAGACGAAACGCAGCGUCUAAAUGGGGGUAAUGCCGCUUCUCGACGUGAAUCGGAGCGUUCGUCGAUGAGUGCAUCCGACGAUGAGUCUGGACAUGGAGAUGAUGACGACGUCCUUGUGGCUCUUCGUAAACUUACUAAGGUGUGCAGCGACAUCGUGGUGGAUCUUGAACGGUGUACCAUGGUGGAUGCCUUGCAACUUAUGCAAACUAUGUUGCUCCAAGAAUUUUCCAAUGCACAAAUCAGUCGCUAUCAGACAUUCCAAACGGAGGAGGAAUGUGCAGAUAAUCAUGUGGUAGAGGCAGAAAAGGAUUUCCCAAGGAAACAAAGGCAAGAGAAACUUUACAAGGACAUUAAAGACGCUGUGGAUUCACUUUUUCAGGACAUGGAAGAAUGUGACAAACAUAUUAAAUGGAGAUUAAUCUAUGCGGUCAACGCGCAAAUGACCAUGCGUACACCGAAGGAUGUUCAAGAUGUUAUGCGGCCCGGUGUUUCGGAGGAAAGCCUCAUUCUCCAGCAAUAUUUUUUAGAAUAUUAA